AUGCAGGCAUCUGAAAAACCAGUGAUUAUAAAGAAUAGACCAUUAUUUCAUUUGCUGGCUUCAUUCAACUUGAGAAGUCUUGAAAUUACUUGGUCAUCAUCCGUCCAGAUGGGUGAAGACCAUCUGCGUAAGGGUCAGGAGAUUCCUUUGCAUCAUUCCUUAUUGGCAGGCUGUUUGUCUGGAUUGAGUGCUAGGUUUGUUACGGCGCCCUUGGACACUGUGAAGAUCCGACUACAACUGCGCUUGACAAAUGACAUUUCACAUAGACGAAUUAUUCCUCUAGUACGAUCAAUGAUACAUGAGGAAGGAUUGCGCUCGCUGUGGAAGGGAAAUAUACCCGGGGUUGGCUUGUACGUUCUAUACGGUUCGACACAAUUUACCGCCUUUUCGACGCUGAACAAAGCUCUUUCCCCCAAUCAAUGGCCCGCCCAAAUUCAUACUUGCGUUGUAGGUGCUUUGGCCGGCUCUUGUAGCGCAGUGGCAUCCUAUCCGUUUGACGUUAUGCGAACACGCUUCAUCGCGAACAAAAACCGAGCAUUCGCUACAGUUCUAGGUACUACACUCGACAUAUGGCGUCAUGAAGGUCUUCCGGGAUUCUUCAAAGGCGUUUCGUCAGCGGUGGUAUCAAUUGGCGUGGCUUCGUCCUCAAUAUUUGCUACUUAUGAAACUGUCAAAAUAUUCUGCGAAGAAAGCUCAUAUCGGGACUCGCCGUUUAUAAAACUAUUAGCGUCAUCUUCUAGUGUUAUUGCCGGCGUGGUUUCAAAGACUCUCGUUUUUCCAAUCGACACGGUGCGGAAAAGACUCCAAAUAAUCAACUCGCGGCAGUUACAACAUUUAACGCAAGGAAAUGAGGCAUAUGGUGCCUAUAAAGGUACGAAUUUUGGACAGUUGGCAUUGAAAGUUGUGGAAAAAGAAGGAUUCGGCGCAUUAUAUCGUGGUUUCACUCUGGGCGUAAUGAAGAGUAUACCUAGCACCAUGGUCAGCAUCGGAAUUUAUGAGUGGACAUUGAGACAUGUGGUAUAA